AUGAAUCUGUGCAACCGGCAGCCGGCCGAUGGAAUAGUCCCUUUACAAAAUGGAUCACUAGCUGUAUUCAGAGGUCAUUACUACUGGCUGCUGGAUGGAGAGAACGCACCGUCACCUUCACCACGCAAAAUCACCGAGGUGUGGGGCAUCCCUUCCCCCAUUGACACAGUCUUCUCUAGAUGCAAUUGUGAUGGCAAAACUUUCUUUUUCAAGGAUUCGCAGUACUGGCGCUUCACCAAUGAUAAAAUGGAUGAGCAUUAUCCCAAGCCAAUUAUAAAAGGAUUUGGAGGACUGAAUGGGAAAAUUGUAACAGCUCUCUCGGUGGGUAAACACAGGAACAGGCCAGAAUCUGUAUAUUUCUUCAAAAAAGGGGGUGGCCUCCAGCAAUAUACCUACAAACAAGAAGGAACAAAGAAGUGCAAGAAGAAAGUCAGGACUGUGAAAUAUCCAAUGUAUAAACCAAAGGCUGUGAUUAGGAAGAGGCGGCGCUUUGAACGUGCAGUGAGACCUCAUCAGAUUUUCCGCAGCAUCAGAAUCAAACACUACCCAGUUGUUCAGAUCAGCCAUUAUCCAACAGGAGUGCUACAGCCAGAGGUCCAAGUUGCAUCAUACUGGAGAGGAUUCCCAAAGGAAAUCAAUUCGGUCAUCUCAAUCCCGAACGAUCAGAAGCCAGAUGGCUAUGACUACUAUGCUUUCUCUAAAGAUCAGUACUACCACGUGGAUGUAGGAAGCCGAAUAGCAAGACCAGUCACACAGCACACAGGACAGACCGUGUCCAGCGCCUGGUACAAGUGUCCUCUGGAGUGA